ACCAUGUGCUUUUCGUGUCCGACACAUUUAACCCUCUCCUCAGAAUAACCGAUGCACAGACAGCUGUCUCUUGCUUUCCACACCCUCUCUUGCUCCUUUUCUCCUUAUGUGGUUCAAUCUAUUCUUUCUUUGCAGCUUUUUCUUUCUAUGUGUGGCAUUAGAAACUCUCCUGUAGAGAAAUUUAUGUAAGGGAAAUAAGACAGAGACCUCAAGCAGUGCCAGCUACAAGACACACACAUCUACACACACUUGAGAAAGCCACAAAAACACAUCCAACAACAAAGCAAGAAGAGGACAUCUGGAACAGAAGUACCAACUUCAAAAAGUUUGAGGAUUACUUUGUGAGAGAGAGGCAAGCUGAAACAGCAAGACCAUGCCAGACUGUCAGAUCCGGAUUGGGUUUGUGCCGGUACUGAUGGUCUACUGCUUGCUGCUGUUGGCAACUGGUUCAGGGAAUGCACGCAUGAGGAAAAGGGGACUAAACCAGAAGGACUACGAGUACCCCAACCACCCCGAGACCACUCAGCAUCAAAAGAACGACCGCUGCCCUCCGCCACCCCAGAUGCUGCCUGAGAAGGCCUGUGAGGUGCCGGGCUGUCGGUCCGAUUCCGAAUGUGAGAGACACAAACGAUGCUGUUACAACGGCUGCAUUUACGCGUGCCUUGAGUCAGUGCAACCUCCACCAGUGCUGGACUGGUUGGUGCAGCCCAAGCCGCGGUGGUUGGGAGGGAAUGGCUGGCUUUUAGAUGGACCAGAGGAGGUUUUGCAGGCGGAGGCUUGCAGCACCACAGAGGAUGGAGAUGAGCCUUUGCUCUGUCCCACUGGUUAUGAGUGCCAUAUCAUUAACCCAGGAAACCCAUCCGCUGGGAUCCCAAACCGAGGCCAGUGCAUCAAACAGCGAGGAAACUCAGAUGGACGUAGCCUGAGACACAAGUACUACAAAGAUUACAAGGAUUAUUUAGGAAGUAACUCCAACAAUGCAGUGAGCUAUGAGAAAAAUCAACACAAGCACUUAGGCUGAGACAGAGAUGAGUGACUGAAUGUGGAUUUUGUUUUAGGAGACUGUCAUAACCACUUACCCUUAUACCUGAACAUCGCCACAGUGAAACUGGUCAAGUCUUUCUCUUCAGCCUAAACCAGAGACAGGUUCACAGCUGGUGCUCAAACAUUGUGACAGAAUUUAAAAGCUAAAAAUGUCCUACCUCUUACAAAAUCAAGCCAAACAUAUGACAGACAGUAUCAAAAGCUAAUACAGUGACAGUAUACAUGAGCACUCGUGGUGUAAAUAGCACAUGCCCUCAAAACAAACCAUAUUUUGCUGACAUAAAGCAGGCUUAACUCUGGGAAAUGGGGGUUACUGACACUUUUUAGAUGCAACAUUGUAAAUUAAACUGAAGAAUUAUCCAUUAUGCCAUCCCAGAUGUGUAUGACUUUCUUUUUAUUCUGCAGAUUUGGGUGAGAACAGGCCAAAAUGUAGCUAGAUGGCACUAGGAAGUCUAAUCAAGCUUGAUGUGAUGGUCAAGGAAAGUGCUGUCAAGAUGGACAAUGUUUAUGCUGACUUUAUCUCCUUUUUGGAGCUUCUAAGGCCUGAUUACCAUUUACUUGCAUUGUAUAGACCUGCAGAGCUGAAAUAUUCUUCUAAAUAUCUUUGUUCAGCAGAAGAAAGAAAUUCAUACACGUCUGUGAUGGCAUGAAAGUGAGUGAUGAGAGAAUUUUCAUUUUUGGUGAACUAUAACUUUAAAGCUGAUGUAACUUCUUUGGUGUUAAAAUACUUUCUUCUAUAACAGCUUAAUAUGCACAGAAAAAUAUAAGUAAGCCAUUCAUAGGUUAUUUUUCUUGAAAACUGUAAAAAUAUCUGUGGAUCUAUAAAAAUUCAUGUUUCCAGAGGCCCCCCAACAACAUUACUCGACCAAUAGCGUGAGUUUGGGGAGGGACUAUUUCUUUUUGUUUGAUUAAUGACAUGGGGAAUGUUCAGAAAGCUCCUUUGAUAACAUCUUAUUUUUGCACUUCAAUCUGGUGGUGCUAGUGUCGCAGAAAUUACAUACUACAAUUUACUCAGUAAAUUGAAGUAUUUUAAAAUAAGAUUUGAUAAGUAAAAAUACUUUUAUUCCAUACAACACAUCUAUAAUCAAUGCACAUUUCCUUAUCAGUUUGGGAGAAUAGUCUGGGCAAAAACAUUUUUUCCUCAUUUAGGCGUUUACCUAAACUACUGCCUGCAACCAAGCAAGUUAUACUCCAGAUACUGUCCAUCACUGUGAAAUGUUUGUUUCAUACGGUGCUUCAAUCAAUAGGUUUACUAAGUCAAUGACUCUCUGUGCAGUUAUACUCUACCACUCUCUGAUAAGCUUGAAGAGUUUGAAAGGUGGGACAAAUCACAAUAUAAACCACUCAAAACCAUUGAACCAAAUCUAUGGUCAGAACUGGUGCUGCAAUAUGAAUGCCUUGUAUUUCCAAAUAAAAGUUGACAAAGAUAA